AUGGCCAAAGAGAAAAGAGCAAGUGAGCUGGAAACCCUUGAUGCCGAACCGAUUCGGUGUCAGGAUCUGAGAGGUUUUAGGAAACGGAGCCGAUGUACGUCCCACAACGGAUCCCGAGAUGGCCGCCCGAACUUAGACCGACAUGUGGGGCCGGGGAACUGGGGAGGAGACAUCCGAGGUGGUGAAUGUGCGAGCGGCCUACCUAAAGCUGCCAUAACCGACACUGCAGAAAUCGAAACUGGUAUGGUGCCGAAAUCGGGCGGGGUUUCGUAA